GGGGGGGGCGCCGCGCUGGGCCUGCCGGCGGGGAGCGGCACCAGCGCCCCGGCGCCCUUCCCGCACGGAGACCCGGCCCUGAACGAGCAGGAGAAGGAGCUGAAGCGGCGGCUGAAGAGGCUCUACCCGGCCGUGGACGAGCAGGAGACGCCGCUGCCCCGCUCCUGGAGCCCGAAGGACAAAUUCAGUUACAUCGGCCUCUCGCAGAACAACCUGCGGGUGCACUACAAAGGUCAUGGAAAAACUCCAAAAGAUGCUGCUUCUGUUCGAGCUACACAUCCUAUACCUGCGGCCUGUGGCAUAUACUAUUUUGAAGUUAAAAUCGUCAGUAAGGGAAGAGAUGGUUACAUGGGAAUUGGGCUUUCGGCACAGGGUGUGAACAUGAACAGACUACCAGGUUGGGAUAAACAUUCAUAUGGUUACCAUGGAGAUGAUGGACACUCAUUCUGUUCCUCUGGAACAGGCCAACCUUACGGCCCAACGUUUACUACGGGCGAUGUCAUUGGUUGUUGUGUCAACCUUAUCAAUAACACCUGCUUCUACACCAAGAAUGGACACAGCCUGGGCAUCGCUUUCACAGAUUUACCGCCAAACUUGUACCCUACAGUAGGGCUUCAAACACCAGGAGAGGUUGUGGAUGCUAAUUUUGGACAACACCCAUUUGUAUUUGAUAUUGAAGACUAUAUGCGAGAGUGGAGAACCAAAAUUCAAGCACAGAUUGACAGAUUUCCAAUAGGAGAUCGGGAAGGAGAGUGGCAAACAAUGAUUCAGAAAAUGGUAUCAUCUUACUUAGUUCACCAUGGAUACUGUGCAACAGCAGAGGCAUUCGCCAGAUCCACAGACCAGACUGUGCUAGAAGAAUUAGCUUCCAUUAAGAACAGACAAAGAAUUCAGAAAUUGGUUUUAGCAGGAAGAAUGGGAGAAGCCAUUGAAACAACACAACAGUUGUAUCCAAGUUUACUAGAAAGAAAUCCUAAUCUCUUAUUUGCAUUAAAGGUGCGCCAGUUCAUAGAGAUGGUGAACGGUACAGACAGUGAAGUGCGGUGUUUGGGAGGCCACAGUCCAAAAUCUCAAGACAGUUACCCUGUUAGCCCACGGUCAUUCAGUAGUCCUAGCAUGAGUCCGAGCCAUGGAAUGAAUAUUCACAAUUUGGCAACAGGCAAAGGGAGUAGCACACACUUCACUGGGUUUGAAAGUAGUUGCAGUAACGGAGUAAUAUCAAAUAAAGCGCAUCAGUCUUACUGUCACAGUAAACACACGACCACCAGCUUGAAUGUACCAGAGCUCAACAACAUAAAUGUAUCCAGAUCACAGCAGGUUAACAGCUAUUCCAGCAAUGAUGUAGACAUGGAAACAGAUCACUACUCCAAUGGGGUUGCUGAGACUUCAUCCAAUGGCUUCCUAAAUGGUAGUUCUAAACAUGAUCACGAAAUGGAAGAAUGUGACACAGAAAUGGAAGUAGAUUCAAGUCAGUUAAGACGCCAGCUAUGUGGUGGCAGCCAAGCAGCCAUUGAAAGGAUGAUCCAUUUUGGAAGAGAAUUGCAAGCAAUGAGCGAGCAGCUAAGAAGAGAAUGUGGCAAAAACACAGUGAAUAAGAAGAUGCUCAAGGAUGCAUUCAGUUUACUUGCAUAUUCCGAUCCUUGGAGCAGCCCUGUUGGAAAUCAGCUUGACCCCAUACAAAGAGAACCAGUGUGCUCUGUGCUGAAUAGUGCAAUACUAGAGACUCACAAUCUGCCAAAGCAACCCCCGCUUGCCCUGGCCAUGGGACAGGCGUCACAGUGUCUAGGAUUGAUGGCCCGGUCAGGAAUUGGAUCCUGUGCGUUCGCCACAGUGGAAGACUACCUACACUAGCUAUGCAUUUCGAAGGUCUGAAAGGUGUUGUGGCAUAUUCAACAUGGAAAGUAGACCAGCUCUGCUGACUGGAAUUUGGAAUUUUAAUUAUGUACUAAGGACAAGUCUGUCGCUUUAUGUUGCUUCCUAGUUUACAGCAUGAUGCAAAUGAUUUCUAACUUAGUGUUAGGAGAAGAUUUCCAUCUUUAAACCUCUUAGACAACUAAGAGUUGAAAAUAUCACUGGUAACGUCAGACAUCCAAAUUGACAAGUACCAAUCCUUGAACGAUUGUCCAAAAACAAACCAAAAAUCCUGCUACCUUGUGGUGGGACGGAAGAAUAGAAAACAUGGAUGUAUUAGCAUGUGGGUGAUGUAAACGUCAAGCAGGAUGACUUGCCAACCUCCACCCCCAUUGUUACAUAGUUCAAUCAGUGUAAUUUGCAAAAUGCAAAUGGUUUGGAUAUAUAGUGUUGAUGGGAAGAAAUGAUAUUUUUUAAUGUGUACUGUAAAACUUGAAUUACUCAGGAGCUGAGUGAAUAUGUUUGUUGCUACUUACAAUCCCAACCUGUUGAUCUUAGUAGUUUUUUGUUUUAACAUGGUCUUUUCAACUUUGUUUCCUUGUUUAACUACAGACAGCUUCUGUUGUGUAGGCUCACCAGUUUAACUGUUGUAUUAUAACAGUAUUACAUGUCAACACAGUGUGGUUAUGACCUAUUUAUAUAAAAACCAA